AAUAAUACGAUCUCGGCGGCAGUUGUAUGGUUACUAGGCCUUUCGGUGGCGCUGGGUAUACCCCGGGCACCCGCCGCUCGCACCUUCAUCACGGAGGAUCAUGACGAGGGUGGAAAGAUACUGAUCGCUACUCCUUCGGAUAGUAGUCCGGACUUUUUGGGUCACAUUGGGCGCCAGAUUUCCUUUGAGGAUGAUGAGAUUUCCUUCGAUGUAACUGGUACUUACUAUGAAGAUAUCCAAGGCUACAAGCUAACCGUUUCGUGGGACGGUCCCAGUGAUAGAGUAUUUGAAGACUGUUAUAGCUUUGGCUCCGCUCAAUGGUACGGAGGACCGGAACAAAAGGAGCAAUACUGGCCAAUUCAAAAGUCCAACCUGAAUAAAUACUCAACAAUUUCAAAGGAAGACGACAAUUCGGCUGUGUCAGAGAGAUACUGGCUCAAUUCGGACGGUGUUUACAUUUACGUUCACCCAGAAGCACCACUGUUUGUUGACUACCACAAUGUUAUGGAUAAUCACAUCUGUUUUAUAGCUGAAGUAGCAGCGCCUUAUUCGUCAAGGCGUACCCAUAAUGUCCUCAAAUACGACAUUUGGUUCUUCGAAAAUGCGAAGGUGGCCCAUCAACACGCUGUGAGCAAUUACUUGGGACAACCUUCCGGUAUCCCAGACUAUAGGAUGAUUCAGUACCCCAUCUGGUCUACAUGGGCGAGGUAUUCCAGGGAAAUUGAUCGAGAAAGCCUCUGGGCUUUCGCUAAUGAAAUCAAGGAUAGCGGCUUCCCCAAUGCCCAGUUCGAAAUUGACGAUUUGUGGGAAGUUUGCUACGGUUCUCUUACAGUGAACGAAACUAAAUUGCCAAACUUUAAACAGCUUAUUCAAGAUAUCAAGGGAUUAGGUUUCAGAGUUGCUAUUUGGGUGCAUCCGUUUAUCAACAAGGAUUGCGAACCUUGGUACUCCGAAGCUCUAGAAAAGGGCUACCUCGUUCUAAACGAAGAAGGCAGUCCAGAUACAACCUGGUGGAACAACAACGGCUCCAUCCCUGGAUACAUCGAUUUCACCAACCCAGAAGCUUCAAAGUGGUACACCACGAGAGUUCAGGAGUUGAUUGAUACUUAUGAUAUUGAUACUUUGAAAUUCGACGCUGGUGAAUCGAGCUGGUCUCCUCAGAUUCCGGUCCAAAACGGAGAUAUCGACUUGCAUCCCGGACACAUUGUCCAGUCAUAUGUGAGGGCUGUCGCCGAAUUCGGACCUAUGAUUGAAGUCAGAUCGGGAAUGAGAACACAAGAUCUGCCAGUGUUUGUGCGGAUGGUCGACAAGGACACAUACUGGGGCUUUAACAAUGGUCUCCAGACCAUGAUACCCACUCUCUUGGCUAUGAACCUCAAUGGGUAUACCCUGGUGUUACCAGAUAUGAUCGGUGGCAAUGGGUACAAUGACAAACCGAGCAAGGAAUUGUUUGUGAGGUGGCUGCAAGUGAAUGUGUUCAUGCCUACACUGCAGUACUCUUUCGUGCCUUGGGACCAUGAUGAUGAGGCGGUGGAGAUCUGCCGCAAGUACACGGAGGUGCACGCGCAGUUCGCGGACGAGAUCGCGGCGGCCAUGGACGAGUCCGUGCGGAGCGGCGCGCCCGUCAACGCGCCCAUCUGGUGGCUCGACCCGACCGAUGCCACCGCGCUCGCUGUUUGGGAUGAAUUCCUCCUGGGCACACGUAUUCUCUCGGCCCCCGUCGUAGAAGAAGGUGCAGUGUCCCGUGACAUCUACUUACCUCGAGGGCAGUGGAAGGAUGGCAACACCGGACAGGAGUACACUGGGCCAAUAACUCUGUACGACUAUCCAGCACCUUUGGACAUUCUGCCAUAUUUUAUAUUGCAAGAUUAGAUAUUAACAAAACUA